AUGGGGUGCGUCACCGUCAGCAGCAGCAGGCUUUAUGCACCCAAAUGUGCCCGUGACCUUGACCCGGCAACCUGCUCUGUUCGCUGCCUGGAUGAAGGGUACCAGGUUGCAGCGUUGACCUCAGAGGCUUGUUACUGUGGCAACAGGCAACAUGGUUUGGUGGCCGGUGAGUGUUUGAACACAUCUUCAGAUGGAGAGACAAAGGAAGUCAGUGGAGGAAGACAAAGUGUCCUGUCCUUGCCUGUUGGAGGGGGACAGGGGAGUGUGGCUCUCUACAGAACGGAGGGGCCGUUCCUGCACAGCCUCCAUCUGUCUACGUCUCCAGACAGAGUACAGGCUGGGAAAACGUUUGUCGUGGAAGUUUCUGGAAAACUGGCUGGACGCCCCAACCAGCCCACAGGGAUUCUGGGAGGGCAGGACUUUUCUUACGUCACUGUUGAGCUUCAGGAAUCGACCCCUAAAGGUCAAAGUUCACACCAUAUCAGCGUGCUGGAUGAUGGGUCCUUUGCUUCUUCAUCUAAUUGGAUUUUGGAAACUUCAGGAAAAUAUGAACUCAACGUCAGGGUCUCCAACGCUCUCUCCACCCUCUCCUCCACCCUCCACCUCUCCGUCUUGCAGCCCUUGGUGGUCUCUGUGCUUCACGGCCCCCUGGGCGUCCCCUCCUGCGCCCCUGUCCCACAGGCAGACUCCAGCAGUGUGGCUGUGGAGGCAGCAUACCUGGGUCGCCCUGUCACCCUGCAGGCUCACAUGGGCGGGGGGCUGGAAGGAGAGUUUAUUUGGAGGUUUACUAGCGAGGAGAAAGAUAAAAACAUGAAGGGUGUAGAGACAGCGUGUGUUCCCAACGCAGACUGUCUGAACAGCACUGUGCCGACGCCCGGGGAGGAUGUCUCUGUGGCUGUGCAGCUGUUCACCACCAUGAAGCACCUUCUUGUCCUCAACGUCUCUCUGAACUCUGAGCUGAAGGACAAAACAAACAUCAACGUCUACGUUACUCUGCAAGAAAACGACUGUAGCAACAUCAGUCUCAAUCACAACCACAGUAACAUGUAUUGUCAUGGUGGCACCCACAGCUCAGAUCCCCACCCUUUGCUUCUCCUGCACGUCUCCAACCGCUCCAGCUGCCAGGUGUACCUCCACCUUCGCUGCCGCCUCCCCCCCACUGCAGGACGGUAUCACCUCACGGCGUCUCUUCUCUCCACGUCCGACCCUUCGUCAGUGCUGCUCUCCGCUGUCCUGCCUCGAGCCUUCACGGUGUACGAGCAUCUACGUGCCCUGAGGCCUUCUGGGAGUUGGAAGUCGGCAUUUUCGACACACGCAGAGUUCAGCCUGGAGGUCGUCGGGCCUGCCAGCAGACUGGGGUCGAGAGUCAUUUGGACUUUUAGAUUGGGUAAUGUCACUGUGAUGAGCAGGACCAGUGAAGAGUGGAAGGUAAAUGUGUCUCUUGCGAUAGCAGGAAGUUAUAUGGUCACAGUUAAAGCCUUCAACCCACUCAGCCGGGCCUCAUUCUGCACACACAUCCUCCUUCAACAUCCAGUUGGAGAAUUAAUGUUGAACGUUCCCAGACUGAUCACAACAAAUAGAAAGGUUUUAUUUAGCGUCUCCUCAGGUUCGAAUGUGACCGUGUCUCUGCUGGCGAAUGCAACGUUGCUGUACAGAAGCAGCAGCUACACGACAGGAGAGGAGGCAACGGCGGUUUUGUUUUCCGACCACACCGGGACAGUGGUGGUUGAGCUUCGUGCUGAGAAUCAAGUGUCUUCUCAGAACAAAAGCGUGAGAGUGUGUGUUGAGGGGAACAGGAAGGUGUCACCACAAGUUAGAUCUAAUCCAACGUGGCAGCCACCCAGUCAGAGUCCUGCUCACAACCCAGCAGACAAUGUGCACAUUUAUGCUGCAAAGCAAGCUUACCCCACACAUACAGAUGUAACUUUCCUGGCUGUGGCUGAGGCACCGGACCCUGUGGAGAUGCUCUGGCACUUUGGAGACGACAGAUCCGACAGAACCUCCUCCAGGACCGUCACCAGAAGAUACCACAAACCUGGCAGGUAUGAUGUAGUUGUAGUCAUGUCGAGUGGCCGGACCUCCCUGACCUCCGACGUGUUCCCGCUGGUAGUCCAGAGAGCAGUGAAGCUCAACCGGCUGCUCCACCCGUCUGCUGUCCUGCAGAACCAAACAGUGACAGUGAGCUGCCGGGUCAACGUGGGGACGGACGUCACCUUCCUGUGGAGCUUCGGUGACGGACCAUCCCGGCCGGGACAGAGCACAGAGCAGCACGUCUUCCACAGGACAGGAGAGUUCAAAGUGGAAGUGACUGUGUCUAACCUUGUCAGCUCUGCUUCUCUCAGUGGUCACAUCUUUGUUGUGGACCGGCCUUGUCAGCCUCCACCAGUGAAAAACAUGGGGCCUGUAAAACUACAGGUGCGGAGACACGAGGUUCUCCGUCUGGGGGUGACCUAUGAGACGGAGGUUGACUGUGACGUUUCAGGAGGCCUUCACUACAGCUGGAGCUUGUUCGACUCUGAAGGACGGGUCUUCCCUUUGCCUCUCGUGGAUACUCGCAGACAGACACUCGUACUGCCCAGCCACCUCCUGCACUAUGACACCUACACUGCCAUAGCGAGGGUUCAGGUUGCUGGCAGUGUGGUGUACAGUAACUACAGUGUGAGAGUGCAGGUGAUACCGAGCCCUCCUGUGGCCUUCAUCCGGGGCGGCACCAACAUCUUCAUCAACAACAGGAACACCACCAUGGUAACCCUGGAUGGGCAGACAUCUUACAACCCAGACUUCCCCAUGAACCCAGUCAGCUUCAGUUGGACAUGUAAACCAGUAAGCUCCAUCACCAGCUCCUGUUUCCACCAUGACGUUGCUACUUCCUUCCCUCUGCUCAUAUUUCCUGCUCGUUUCCUAAAACACAACUUUGACCAGUUCCAGUUCACACUCACCGUCCGCAGCGGCGAGCGCUCAGCGGCAUCAGAGACUUUCCUCACGUCGACAUCGAACGUGAUCGGAAAGGUGUCCGUUCACUGCCCUCAGUGCCAGGGAGACCAGCUGACCUGGGAUCAGUCUUUCUCUGUCCGCGCCCUGUGUGAAGGCUGUGAUACGUCCCCAAAACACACCCAGUACACCUGGAGCCUGUACUUAGUCAAUGCAUCAUCCAAGCCCAACAUAGAAGUCCCGUUUUGUCACACAGUGGAUCUCGGUGCUCCGUCCACCAUCAUGGACGGUCCUGCUCCGUCCACCAUCAUGGAGGGUCCUGCUCCGUCCACCAUCAUGGAGGGUCCUGCUCCGUCCACCAUCAUGGAGGGUCCUGCUCCGUCCACCAUCAUGGAGGGUCCUGCUCCGUCCACCAUCAUGGAGGGUCCUGCUCCGUCCACCAUCAUGGAGGGUCCUGCUCCGUCCACCAUCAUGGAGGGUCCUGCUCUGUCCCCGCAGACUCCUGGGACGUCCUCCCUGCAUUCACCUGCUGCUUCACAGCACACAAACCACAAGACCUCGACUCCUGCCUCUGAAACAAGAGCCAAACAACUGAACCUGAACGAGAGGAGUCCUUUUAUCACCCUCAAGGGGGAGUUUGACCCUCCAAAGCCUUUGUACUCCUCCACUGAAUACCCGCCUCUUGACAACAGUGGCGUCCUAUAUUCAGACCACUUUGUCCAGAGCGACGUUAUCAGUGAAUUCCCACUGGAUUCGGACUCGCCUGCUGACUGGGAGUUUGCUUUCCCUGCCCUGGAGAGCGGUGACGUGGGAGGUCGACUAGAUUACGAUGUUCCCGUGAUGAGCGCAGAGGAAGGAGACCCGGGGACUUCAGCAGGGAGACCCACAGGUGUGUAUGGUGAGAGCGUCAGUCCAGGAGACGAUUCAACGUUUCAUCCGGCGUUGCAUGAAGACUACGGGAGUAAUCUGGUAGAUUCCAGACCCUCUGUUGUGAUCCAGGACCCAAUCGUGCUCGAUUUACCUCGAGACCCAGUGGACGGAGGCCUUUUUGAGUCCUACACUUACACAGGGAUUUCCGGCCCUUUGCUCAGCUUCAGACCCUUCAGCCUGAACCCUGCGAGCAGGUACAUGUUGGAGGUCACUGCCAAAUCUCACAGUAGUGUUCUGGGCCGGACACAGCUGUUCUUAAAAACCAACCCUGCUCCAGAAGGCGUGAAGUGCCAGGUGCAGCCAGUGACAGGAGCGGAGUUACACACACACUUCAGUAUCUUCUGCACCUCGGGGAGAGAGGACUUAUUGUAUGAGUACAGCAUCAGAGUAGGAGACAGACCUCUCAGGAUGCUGUAUCAGGGGAGAGACUUCCAAUACUACUUCAGCCUUCCUUCUGGUGACCCCACUGAUCAAUAUAAAGUAACUAUUUAUACAGAGAUCAGAAGCAGCUCGUAUGGGACGGCCACGAAACCCUGUCCUGCCACCGUCCGAGUCCAACCCAGCUUCUUCAGAGACGCUUCUUCUUCUUCUUCUUCUUCUUCUUCUUCUUCUUCUUCUUCUUCUUCUUCUUCUUCUUCUUCUUCUUCUUCUUCUUCUUCUUCUUCUCAUCUUGAUCCUGAUCUGGAGCUUUCAGAGUCAGGUCUGAGGAACCUGUCGGCUCUGGUGCGGCUUGGAAACAGUUUGGAGAUUCGUAACUACGUCAGUCUCCUCUCCAGCGUCCUAAACAGACUCAGCCUGGACACCGAGGCCAACACGAACGCACAGAGACGCACACGCAGUGUUCUCAUUAGCACAGUGUGUGAGCUCGAGAGCAGUGGACAGGCAUCAAUGGUGGACAACAUCUGCAUUCUCAAAAACCUUUUAGAAGUCACAACUCAGGUGACAUUAGCGAGUGUAAGACGAGUGACGGUUCACGUUCAGCUCAUCUCAGAGCGGUGUUCAGAGUCCGGUGCUCCGGCCCAGUACUACCUGGAGCAGAAGACACUCCACACCCUGCUGGCUCUGCUCUCACACAGCCUGCAAGCUGCUGGUCACGACUUCACACCAGAAAUAUCCACCGGUGCUGACGUUACAUUAGAAUCAGAACCACCUGAUGAAACACAGAACUCAUCCGGUGUUGUUCACACUACAGGAGGAGGAUCGAUGUCAACAAAGCAGGCGGAGCAGCUUGUAGCUGGUAUCCUGCAGACUGCUUCAGACCUGAUGCUGAAGUUCAUCUUGAUCCACAAAGUGCAGGAGCACAGAGUCAAAGCUGGUCUGAUUGCUUUAUAUGCCACAUACCAAAACCAAACCUCCACAAUCAUCAGCAGUGGCUCCACCACCUUCUACCUGCCCGCCUCCCUGAUCCAGCGUCUGUUUGUUCAUGGCAGCAGAAAGACGGAGAACAGAUCACGUCGGCCGUGUGUUCUGAACAUGCUGACUGAGCUCACCCACAGCCCUUACACCUGGGCCCACUAUCCAAAAAAGCUGAGUGGACCAGUGGUCGACCUGAGUCUGUACAAGUGCAGCACGAGGAGAAAGAUCCCAGUUCGCUCCGUCAUUCAGCCAAUAACCAUCGAGCUGCAACUACCGCCAAGAAACAGCUUUGUGCUGGAGUACGUCCUCCUGCGCAGCCAGGUCAACUACCACAGCUUCAACAUUACCCAGGAGCACUUGCAGCAGGCCAUCCAGCUGAGUGUGGAGUUCACGCCGCCGCUCAACAAGGCAUUUCCCGUCAUGCUGCUCUUCAGGAUGUUUGAGAGGCCGACUCCCAGCAUGCACCAUCUGCACAGGAUUCACUCCUGGAAGGGUGACAUCACUCGCUUCACUCUGCCCUCCUCCCUCAGUGCUGCAGGGGUUGGUCAUGUGGCCCUGCUGAAUGCUGAUUUUGGGAAAACGCCCCGACACAAUCACUUGAGUGAGCAGGUGAGCUACAGUCUCACAGUGGACAGCAGCCUGUGUUUGUCCUGGGACGGCCACCAGGGGGCCUGGACACACCGCGGCUGCAGGACUCAGCAAACAGACGCAACUGCAGUCAACUGCAGUUGUCACCAGUUGAGGCCUCUGACUGUGGUGCAGCAGCAGAUCCAAAGCAGCCAUGACAGAACCCGCCUGGACCCGUUCCUCAGUGUGUCCAGAGACCUGACGGUGCUGGGUGUGCUGCUGCUCUGCAUGUGCCUCUACCUCGCGGGGGCGGUGGUGUGUAAGAGAGCUGAUGUCGCGUCAGAGACUAAUCAGAGAGUCCACUACCUUUCUGACAACUCCCCGUGUGACCCACACCUCUAUGCUGUCACAGUGCACACUGGUCUCUGCUCUGCAGCUUGUAUGAGUGCAAAGGUUUACAUAGUGCUGAAUGGUGAAGAAGGGCUCUCACAGACAAGAGAACUACAAGUCCCAGGACGCACUCUGUUUAGGAGGCACUCUCAAGACACCUUUAUAUUCAGUGCCGCUCGCAGCCUGGGUCCAGUGUGGGGGGUGCACAUCUGGCAUGACAACUCUGGACCCUCCCCGAACUGGUACCUCAAACAAGUAGAGGUAUCAGAGGUGAGCAGAGGGCUCGUGAAGGGACGUGCUUGGCUCUUUGUCGGUCAGUGCUGGUUGGCUGUGAACACAAGUGAUGGCCGGGUGGAGAGGAUGCUGCGAGUUUGCACUCAUGGACUUGGCUUUACUCAGAUGUUGUUUCUCAAGCUAUCUGACUAUUUGGCCGACUACCACAUCUGGAUAUCUUUGUACAGCUGCCCCUGCCCGAACGCCUUCACACACACUCAAAGACUCAGCGUGAGCCUGCUGCUCCUGUUGGGAUACGCAUGUGUCAACACAGUGAUCAUAUCAGAGCUGGACGUCCAGCUGCCGUUGGAGUUGGGCAUCGUAGAUGCAUCAGCUGCUUCUGUGACGACAGGAGUUUUAAGUGUGUUGGCGGUGUUGCCCGCAGCAGCAAUUAUAUCGUUCCUGUUCCGACUGCGUGAGGUCAAGCUGACGGGGUCAGGAGUUCAACACGUGAAGGGCAGAAAGACUGAGAAGAACUCUUUUGAAGAUGUCCUGUCAGUGAAUGGCAGUGUGUUCGAGCCCCAUCUCUCUUGGAGCAGUGUUCAGCAGUGGGCGCAGGAAGCCUGGAGGAAGAAAUACCAGAUUAAUGAGGGGAACUAUGAUGAUCAAGCACCUCAGGGAAAAGAAUUGGAUCUUUUAAGUGGAAGAGAGAGAGCUCUUUGGUCCGGUACGAGGGAUGAGGGUCAGGCUGUUCAGGAGGAGAAAGAUCCCAGAGGAAAGUGUUCAUCGGAGUGCAGCUUUGAGCAGGACGUCCAUGUGAAGGCGAGAGGAUUCAGAGCCGUGUCUCAGUGGAGUCACUAUCUGGCCUGGACGUUGUGUCUGCUGCUGUCCCUCUGCUGCCUGCUGCUCUCUGCAGCGCUGGGAAUGAGGUUCAGCAGCAGUCAGGUUCUGCUCUGGAUGCACUCUCUGUUCUUCUCCCUGAUGUCUUGCAUCUUCCUCAUCCAGCCAGCCGUGAUAACUACAGUGGCAGUGAGUGUCUCCUUUUGGUACCGGAACAGAUCAGACUUUCAUAGUUUCUCCGGUAUAAGAGAGUUUGAGAAAGAGACUUCAGAACUGAGUCACGCUGCUGCUAAGCAGGAGCAGAUUGGGACUUCUGCCUUUCCUCAGGAAAGAGGCUCAUACCUUGAACAGCUGCUUGGAGCUCGUCAGCGAGCCCGGUACCUCCGUCUCGUGGGCCCUCCGACUCCGGCAGAGCUGAGGAGAACUCGUGGGAGGAAACGAAGAGAGACACUUCUCCAUAACACUCUCAGGGAUGUGUGUGUCUGGGGCUCCAUGCUUUCCCUGAUGCUGUGUAUAAGUUACAGCAGCUCAUUCACUGACCAUCAGCAGCUCAAUGAAGCCGUCAGAAAACAGUUCAUAAGGGGCCAUGAUAAUACAUUCAUGUCCAUACAAAAGCAUGAGGACUGGUGGAAGUGGGCUCAGUCCAAUCUCAUUAAUCUGCUGUACCAGAAUGCAUCCGACACAACGGAGAAGUCACACGUCGUGAUUGGAGAGCCGAUCCUGUGGAAGUCCUGCUCCUUUCAACGGCAGGUCUCUAGUGUACCAGAAGAUCUUCCCUUCUUCUGGUCUGGGAGCAGAACAUCAACUCUCAGGACAUCUGGUCCCCUGGGCUGCUACUUGGGACAAAGUGCUACAGUUGGCUUCGGCCACACGAAGUCUGCAGCUGCGUCCAAACUGAAGCUACUGCAUUCAGGGGGCUGGCUGGGCGGACAGACGGUGUCCGUCCACUUCACCUUAUUCAGCCCUGCACCCAACUUGUUCACCAGUGUGACCAUGCUCGCUGAGCAGAGCCCCACCGGUGUCCUGCUGCCCUCUGCUAAAGUCCAGUCAGUUAGGGUGUAUCACACUCCUGCUGUGUGGGACUAUGUUGUCAUGGUGUGCCAGCUCCUCUUCCUUCUCUUGUCUCUGCUGCAGCUCUGUGAACAAGUGUCCGCUGUAGGGCAGCAAGGGCUGAUGGGAUACUGCAGGACACACUGCAACUGGCUGGAAGUCAGUCUGCUGACGGUAUCUUUAGUGUAUUAUGUUUAUUACAUCCAUCACUCCAUUAUUAUCCUGGAGGUUGUGGAGCUUCUGCAGAGACACAACUACAGAGGGCAUGUUGACGUCAGCCUCCUGGCUACAUGGGAACAAUGUAUUCGUACUCUGCGUGGCGUUACGCUCUUCCUUCUCACCAUGAAGUGUGUGACCUUCUCCACCUCUGCUUCACUCCUCACCCGCUCACUCUGCAGACUCCUCUGGCCAGCGAUUUCAGGUCUUAUCCUGAUGGUGGCGCUGUCCUGCACGGGGAGUCUCCUGUUCGUUCAGAGCUCCUUGGCCUUCAGCUCACUCUCCCGCUCCCUUCAGACGCUGCUCUGUCACUGCGGCGCUCUCAGGGCUGUGAGGGGCCUCGUGUUCUCUGGCCGGGACUUCCUUUACCAUGUAGUUCUGCUUCUGUCCUCUGUGCUGUGGACAGCAGUGGUGAUGGGUGUGGUGUCCUCAUUGGUCAGAAGUGCCAAAAGAUCUCAAAGCAGCAGGAAUGUCUUCAGCAUGGCAGAGUUAGCCGGCUACGUCAGACGGAGAGUCUCUGAGAUCACUGGGCAGAGAAGACAAGCAUGGAUUGAAAAUCAUGUGGAAGGGAAGACUUAUUACUUUGAGGAGUUUGAAAGCUUAUUAGAUGAACUUUUGUUCAGACUCAACGCCCUCUCGAACAGUCUGCACCACACUCUGCCCCCCCAUCGCUGCAGGGAGGAGGACAGUCCUGUCAUCUCUACCACACAGGAGCUCAACAUGGACGCACAGGACUUUGUAAGGACACAAGGGACAGAAACAAAAGCACACAACUACCUGUCCCUCCCGGAGUCGGCUCCACUCAUCAGGGUUUGGACAGAAGAUGCUCUGGAGAAGCAAGUUGACCGAUGGACUAAAACAAACGACAAAACUCAGGCCACACAUACAGAGAUGCUGGUGGAGGUUCUGGUCCACAAGGAGCCUGGCAGUGUAGAGACACAUAAACAGUAGAUGACAGUUGUGGCUGUGGCACUGCAAGCAUUUCAAAAGACAAGCUCUGCAAGGUCUGUAUUUUCUAUUCUGUUAUAUAUUUAGACAUAUUAGUUAUCAAGACAUGUCUUUUACUUUAGAUUCUCUGCAUUGUCCAUCCGGAGUCCCUAAGAGCUGACAGUUAAGUUAUCAUGGAGAUAUACAUCAAAUAAAGGGAUCCUUAAUGUACGUGCAUCCUGUCAAUCCAAAAUUCAUUUUUCAUGUAUUUGUAUUAAUGCAUCAAAGUUACAUAUAUCAGUUUUGUAAAGCAUUAUGUCUUUGCAAAUAAAGAAAGUCAUUGUUGUUGAUUCUUUAUAACAAUACCUUGUGAAUGGUCCUUCUGAGAUAAUAUCUGAAGAUAUACUCAAGAUGUUGCUUUUUUAUGAUACUGAUUUGCUAUUAAAAUAUUUCAAAUUGUGACU